AUGAAUAUGGUCACCGAGAGAUACGCGCGAUACCUGGCAGAACAUUACAACGAGGCCAGACGUUACGACAGCCGUACGACCAUCUUCUCGCCAGAAGGGCGACUUUACCAAAUCGAGUAUGCUAUGGAGGCGAUCUCUCAUGCGGGGACCGUCCUUGGCGUGCUAGCAAAGGAUGGUGUAGUGCUCGCAGCAGAGAAGAAAGUUACGGGAAAGCUGCUCGAUCUAAGUGGUGUCAAAGAAGGCGGGUACGGCGGUAGUGGAGAGAAGAUCUUCUUGCUCAAUUCAAAUGUAGUAACUGGUGUUGCGGGGAUCACUGCGGAUGCUAACUCACUAGUCAACUAUGCACGCCAAGCAGCGCAAAAACAUCUUUUCGCCUACAACGAGGACAUCCCAGUUGAGCUUCUUGCCCAACGACUAUGUGAUCUCAAGCAGGGUUAUACUCAAUAUGGGGGACUGCGUCCGUUUGGUGUUUCUCUCUUGUAUGCCGGCUACGACGUGCAUUACGACUUCCAACUCUAUCACUCCGACCCAUCCGGUAACUACUCCGGCUGGAAAGCCACAUCUAUAGGUGCCAACAACGGCACCGCGCAGAGUUUGUUGAAGCAAGAGUACAAAGAUGAUAUGGGUGUGGAGGAGGCUAUCGGCCUUGUGCUCCGGGUGAUGAGCAAAACAAUGGAUAGUACGACACUGGGGAGCGAGAAGCUGGAAUUUGCGACUCUUACGCUCGACCCCACCACGAAACAGCCAAAGGCAAGAAUUUACAAGCCCGCGGAGGUCGAUGCGCUGUUGGUAGAACAGGGUUUAGCAAAGAAGGACGAGGACUCCGAGAUGCGAGCUGUAUAA